UCGUUAAAGCUGCAGCUGCAGCUGCGGCAGAGAAGCGACGGCCCAAGAAAAAUACUUGAAACGUGAUUUUGGCUGAAGUAUCAAAAUCACCUUUAAUUUUCUUAACAUUUCAUAUUAGUACAAAAUGCUUUUAAGGAGUGCAUCGACGCCGAUACUUAACUCAUGGGUCCCACACUCGAAGGAACCAUCGCCGGAGCACGAGGUUUUUUACCAGAUUUCCCGAACCCGAACCAUUUCGUUCACAGUUUCGUGCUCGAGCUCGAUUUCUGUGGGGUCGAGCGACGAUUCGAGUCGGAGGAUGACGAGGGCUGUGUCGGAGACAGAUCUGAGGGACUUGGUGAUCCCCAAGAUGAAAACCGUUGAGAAAAAUACCGGGAUCUUGAAUGGAAUCUGUGUGGAUGAAGAAGAAGAGGAGGUGGAGAAAGAAGAAGCUGUAUUUCAGUGGUGGAGAACUGCUUCGCUUGGAGUGGAGGAAGUGUGUGGGGUAGGCGGUGGUGGGGGAAUGAUCUGCGGUGGUGGAAGAGGCGGUGGUGGUGGUGGUUCCGACGGUGGCGAUAAUGAAUGGGGCUUUUGGGAUUGGAAUAAAGGACAUGAUAGUACUGAAUUGUAUUAUCAGAAAAUGAUCGAGGCUAAUCCUGGAAAUUCACUUCUCCUUAGCAAUUACGCUAAAUUCUUAAAAGAGGUUCAAGGGGAUUUCGUGAGAGCUGAGGAAUAUUGUGGGAAGGCAAUCAUGGCAAAUCCAAAUGACGGGAAUGUUCUGUCUAUGUACGCUGAUUUAAUCUGGCAAACUCACAAAGAUGGCCCGAGAGCUGAAACUUACUUUGAACAAGCUGUUAAAGCUGCCUCUGAUGACUGUUUUGUGUUGGCAUCAUAUGCACGAUUUCUUUGGGAUUCUGAAGAACAAGUUGGGGAAAUUUUGAGUAAAGCAUCAGAGCAAAGCUUUUUCCAUGCAGCUCCUCCAACGCCUCCUCCUUUGGCUGCUGCUUCUUAGGACUCUUACUGUGACAUAGCUUGUAUUUAGCUCUUCUGACUUUUGUUGAUAUACCCUUUUUUUUUUUUGGCCUUGUAGAAAAGAGUGAGAUUUGUAGUUAGUGAGACCUCUGUUUUACUUUUCUCUACGUUGGAGCCCUAUCUGGUAAAAGGGAAAAUAAGAUAUGGAAAUGAAUUUUUCAUUGGAAUCUUCGUCUCUCUCUCUUUUUAACCCAUCUAAUGAUUUGUUUAGUGAAAAAUUUCGGGUUAGAGAUGAUGUUGUUAAAGAAGAUAUUUGUUUUUUUUUUUUUUUAAAUCAAUUAAUACGCAUUUUUUGUGCUGUUCAUUACAAUAAGCAUGGAGGCUUCUGAAGGAAUUGAUUCCUAGUUGUUGAUCUUAUCAAGAUUGCUUAGUUCCUGUACCACCGAAAUUGAUUCCUA